CGGAAGUGGAAAUAUUCCCCACUCGACACAAAAUUAACUUUCCCUGCUACAGUAAUCAUCGAGAAGGCUACUCUCGUACUCUUGAAGAUACUACUUUAAGAAGGUGUUCAAGGUUAUAGAGCAGAAGAAUCAAACAGGUGUCUUGAUUUUCCACCAUUAGGUACCAGCACAAUGGGAAAGCACUUCGGUGAACUGGCCAAAAUUCGAGGCAUCAUCCAAUACCGACUCUCACCACACGAACAAAGGGCUUUUGCUGGUGCUAUAAGUAAAGGCCUCCCGAACGUUUUCGUCCGCCUUCGUUCUAACAUUUUACGAGUCCUACCACCGUUCGUGAUCGCCUACCUUAUUUAUGACGGUGUCGAGAAGAAGCAUAAACAGCUUAUGCGGAAGAACCCAAAGGAUUUUGAAAAUGAUGAAUAGGACAUCUGAGAGACAAUUUUGUA